GAAAAUAAAAGUGUUUGAAAUAGCAUCCGGGUGAAUUAGUGGUCACAGAGAAUUCAAGAUGGCGGCGCACAUGUCGCAUUGUAGAAGUUGGGGCCGUGUUCAGAGGUUUGGAAUUGCAGUAUAUAGAAAGUACAGCAGUGGCAGCAGAUAUCCAAAUAUCUCACUCUCUGCACCGUUACCAGGGAUCCCUAAACCAGUGUUUGCGUCCGUUGACGGGCAUGAGCAAUGCGAGACUAAAAUCACUACUUUGGAAAAUGGCCUUAAAGUAGCAUCUCAAAACAAGUUUGGUCAAUUCUGCACUGUUGGAAUUUUAGUAAAUUCAGGAUCCAGACAUGAGACAAAAUACCCCAGUGGAAUUUCACACUUUUUGGAGAAACUGGCCUUUUCUUCCACAGCCCAGUAUGGCAGUAAAGAUGAAAUUCUUCUCACACUUGAAAAACAUGGAGGGAUCUGUGACUGUCAAACAUCCAGAGACACCACCAUGUAUGCCGUCUCUGCCGAGGUGAAGGGACUGGACACGGUAGUCAGCCUGCUCUCUGAUGCUGUAUUGCAGCCACGCCUGCUAGAUGAGGAGAUUGAGAUGACUAGGAUGGCAGUGCGCUUUGAGCUGGAGGAUCUGAACAUGAGGCCUGACCCUGAACCUUUACUGACAGAGAUGAUCCAUGCAGCAGCAUAUCGGGGGAACACUGUUGGGUUGCCUCGCUUCUGUCCAGUAGACAACGUGGAGAAGAUCGACAAGAAGCUGCUACACACGUACCUGCGGAGCUACUACUGCCCAGAGCGUAUGGUGCUAGCCGGUGUGGGCAUCGAACAUGAACAACUGGUGGCCUGCGCCAGGAAAUAUCUGCUGGAUGUGAAGCCAGUAUGGGGAGCCAGUACGCCUACCAAUGUCGACCUGUCUGUGGCACAGUACACUGGUGGAAUCGUAAGGAUGGAUAAGGAUAUGUCAGAUGUGAGCCUUGGCCCCACUCCCAUCCCUGAGCUCACCCACAUCAUGAUUGGCCUGGAGAGCUGCUCGUUCCUGGAGGAGGACUUCAUCCCAUUUGCCGUCCUCAACAUGAUGAUGGGUGGAGGCGGGUCCUUCUCAGCGGGGGGUCCUGGGAAAGGCAUGUUCACUCGGCUUUACCUGAACGUGCUCAACAGGCAUCAUUGGAUGUACAAUGCCACCUCAUACCAUCACAGUUACGAGGACAGCGGCCUGCUGUGUAUCCAUGCCAGUGCAGACCCCAGACAGGUUCGGGAAAUGGUGGAGAUUAUAACCAGAGAGUUCAUUCAGAUGGCUGGGACAGCAGGAGAGAUGGAGUUGGCGAGAGCGAAGACGCAGCUCAAGUCCAUGCUGAUGAUGAACCUGGAGUCGCGGCCGGUUAUCUUUGAGGAUGUCGGCCGACAGGUUCUAGCCACAGGGAAGAGGAAGCUGCCAUACGAGCUGUGUGACCUCAUCAGUAACAUUACAGCAAGCGAUAUCAAGAGGGUCACAACCAAGAUGCUGCGCAGCAAGCCAGCAGUAGCAGCGCUAGGAGACUUGACUGAGAUGCCCUCCUAUGAGCACAUCCAAGCUGCCCUAUCCAGCAAGGACGGGCGCCUGCCUCGCAUGUACCGCCUCUUCCGAUAGACCUCCCUGCGUUUACCCUGACAUCAAUGUAUAUACUGGACACUGACCUACACUACCGUCAAAAGUUUUAGAACACCUACUCAUUCAAGGGUUUUAAUUUAUUUAAAAUGUUUUCUACAUUGUAGAAUAAUA